AUGAAGAGUACUCUCCUCACCGCGGCCGUGCUGUUGGGCGCGGCCCAGGCUGAGUUCCACAAGCUGAAGCUCAAGAAGGUCUCUCUCGAGGAGCAACUCAACUCUGUUCCCAUCGAGCACCAGGUCAGACAGCUGGGCCAGAAGUACAUGGGCGCUCGCCCCGACAACCAUGCCGAUGCCAUGUUCAAGCAGAAGCCCGUUCAGAGCAACGGCGAACACCCUGUGCCUGUCAGCAACUUCAUGAACGCCCAGUACUUCUCCGAAAUCGAGAUUGGCAACCCUCCCCAGACUUUUAAGGUUGUUCUGGACACCGGAAGCUCCAACCUGUGGGUGCCUUCCCAGCAGUGUGGCAGCAUUGCCUGCUAUCUGCACACGAAGUACGACUCUUCGGCUUCUUCUACCUACAAGGCCAACGGCUCUUCUUUCGAGAUCCACUACGGCUCCGGCAGCUUGACUGGCUUCGUCUCCCAAGACGACGUUUCUAUCGGCGAUCUCAAGAUCAAGAAGCAGGACUUUGCCGAAGCCACCAGCGAGCCCGGUCUGGCCUUUGCCUUUGGCCGCUUCGACGGCAUUCUCGGUCUUGGCUACGACACCAUCUCAGUCAACAAGAUUGUCCCCCCCUUCUACAACCUCGUGAACCAGAAGGCCAUUGACGAGCCCGUCUUCGCCUUCUACCUCGGUGACACCAACGAGGAGGGCGACGAGAGCGAAGCCACCUUCGGCGGCCUCGACGACUCUCACUACGAGGGAAAGAUCACCUACAUUCCCCUUCGCCGCAAGGCUUACUGGGAGGUCGACCUCGACGCCAUUUCUCUUGGUGACCAGACCGCCGAGCUCGAGGGCCACGGUGCCAUCCUUGACACCGGCACUUCUCUGAAUGUUCUCCCCUCUGCUCUUGCUGAGCUGCUCAACAAGGAGAUUGGUGCUAAGAAGGGCUACAACGGCCAGUACUCUGUUGAGUGCUCCAAGCGUGACGAGCUCCCCGACAUUACCUUCACCCUUGCCGGCUACAACUUCAGCAUUUCCGCCUACGACUACAUCCUGGAGGUCUCUGGCAGCUGCAUCUCCACAUUCCAGGGUAUGGACUUCCCCGAGCCGGUCGGCCCUCUGGUUAUUCUUGGAGAUGCCUUCCUCCGCCGUUGGUACUCUGUGUACGACCUCGGCAAGAACGCUGUUGGCCUGGCCAAGGCUAAAAAAUAA